CACGGACACCAGCGGAGAGAAGAGACAGCAGGAUAGAGAAACCUCCCAACACGACCGACAGAGGUUGGAGGAGGGGGGACCAGCAGCACUAGAAAAUGGCUGCCAUGACAAUGGUGCCCAGCUAUACCCCUUCGUUGUGGGUGCGAGUGUGUCACGCCCUCCCCCGGCUGGACCUCGCCAUGCAGAUGAGGGACAACAUCUUUGUCCCCGACAGCUGGGAGUACCAGCAGACUCUGCUGGUUUUGUCCAGUUUAUCAGCCAUCGCUCUCGUUAUCUCCCUCUUGGUGGUUCUCUCCUUCCUCAUACACUACUGCUGCUGUCACCGUGGUGACCGGGGCGAGGGAUCGGAGGAGGAGGAGGAGGAUGAAGAUGCCAGCACAGGUCACGGUUACAGCGGGAAGAAGGGGCGGGGUAUCUGCUGUGUCACGUGGGUGGCAGUGGCGGCUGUCACGCUGUGCUGUGUUGCCAUAGGCAUCGGUUUCUAUGGCAACAGCGAGGCUAAUGAUGGGAUGUAUCAGUUGACCUCUUCUCUUCUCACAGCCAAUUAUACGCUAGCUUCCAUCGAUCUGCUGAUUUCAGACACAAUUUCUGGGCUGCAGCUGUCCAUCUCUGGCCCUCUGACCUCGAUGGAGGAGCUAUUUACUGGCAGUAAACCCUUCCUUGUGUCGACACGGAACUGCCGGAGGUUAUCUGAGAACAUGGUCAACCUCCUCUCCUCCAUCUCCCUGGCUCGGUCUAGUAUCGACGCAGGACUGGGGAAUGACAGCAGUAUCAGCGGGGCGUCCAUUAUACCUCUGACCCCGGUACCUCCCUCUGUGGCUCCUACAGUGGUGCCGACCAGCGGCAUAAUGCCCAACCCCUUCUCACCGGGCUGGGCAGCCAACACUCUGAUGGUUAAUGAGGACUACAGGUGGCUAUCAUACGUGUUGUUGCUGCUGCUUGACCUCAUAGUUUGUCUGUUCAUCCUACUGGGGCUGGCCAAGCAAGCCCGCUGGCUGCUCAUCCUGAUGACCGUGCUGGCCUGGCUGGCUCUCUUCCUAAGCUGGGGCUCCCUGGGCUUGGAGACAGCCACUGUAGUGGCUCUCAGUGACUUCUGCUCUGAUCCAAACACAUUUGUCCUCAACUCCACCCACUUCAAUACUGGGACCAGCUCAGAUGUGUUGGAUUAUUACCUGACCUGCAGCAGGCGCAUGAACAGUCCGUUCCAGCAGCUGCUGACCCAGUCGCAGAGGGCACUGUCCAACAUUCACACACACCUCUCCAGCCUGGACAGAAAUGCUCUCACCCAGUUCCCCAAAGCUGAGAAAUCACUCAGGGAGGUUCAGCAGAUACUCAACUCCACAGAGGGAAACUUUCAUCAAUUGGUGGCACUAUUGAACUGCCGAGGUCUGAAUAAGGACUACAUUGACUCUUUGAAAGGCCUGUGCUAUGAUGGGAUGGAGGGAUUGCUCUACCUCUCCCUUUACUCUUUCCUCUCUGCUCUGGCCUUCACUGCCAUCCUCUGCUCUCUGCCCGGUGCCUGGAGGAGCUUCCCCAGUGAAUCAGAGGAGUACGAAGACUCAGACAGCGAGAGUGAGGACCCCUUCACCUCCCAUCAGGCACGUAGACAGACGGCCUCGGGGUCUCAGCGAGGGGCCAUGGCCCCCUUCUAUAAUUACCCGGGGGCCGGGUGGACACCCCCCUUUUCUAGCGCGCCGCCCCUCCCGACUCCAAACGUUUCCUCCAAUGGCAACCCUGGCUAUGAGAGCCUCCCCUUGACUGACAGGCAGUCCCCACCCCCCUCUUACUCUCCCAGCAUGCUGACUGGUUACGGGGGAGGUCAAUCACACCCCAACCCUGCCCAUUCGCGGAACCUGUAUUCACGUUGAUUAUUAUUUUUUUGUUAGGAAAUGUAUAGAAAAAAAAUGUUUAGUUUUCAUAUGGACACUUUACUGAAAUGAAAAAGAAACUAAUCUAAAUAAAAUGAAUGCUAGGUGUGAAUUCAAAGUGCAUAACGUCAGUACCACUGAAUAUUAUUAUUAUGAGAAGCACUUAAAAGGAACAGGUCUAAAUGGACUGCUGAUAUAACAGAAAGUGAUGAGGCUAGUAGGGUGGUUGUGCAAAGCUAUGAACCAAGUCUGCUUGGGCUAAAUUCUUUCCCCUUGUCUGUCCAAACUCUGUGUAAACUGUGAACAGUGGUGAGGCAAGUCAGAAUGGUAUUGACGUUACUACGUUGUAGUUUUAUAUUCUUAAAUGUAUCAGUACCACCAAUUUAUUUUUAAGUUUUUAUAUACUGUUGUAGAAAAGCUCUGGCACGUAGCAACAACACACAUUUUUUUUCUGUGAAUGGUCAUGCAGUUCCCUCACUUGGUAUAAUUUUUUUAAUUAUUACUUUUUAUAGGUGGCAAUUCUGUAUUUUCCUUGUAUUACCUUAUGGUAUUCUGUAUAUCUCACUGUCUGUAAUAUCUGAGUAAUCAUGAACCUUUGCUCUUAAAAAAACAAACAAAAAAAACAUGAGGGCUGCCAAGACCCUGUUUUAAUGAUUGAAUGGAGAACUACAACUACCACUCAAGUCUUGAGAGUGGAGAACUAUAAAUCCCAUGCAAUGACAGCAGGUACAUAGCAAUAGGAUUCUUGCUACUGAUGCUGCAGUAGCCCUACCGUAAAUAGCAAUAAUAACUAUGUAUAGCAUUGGGUUUCUGAGAUCUCUCCAAGAUGUUUUGUGUAUAUAUGGUAUGGUAUGUUGGAGAUUUCAUUGAAUCCCCCGUGCUUGCCAACUGACCUUGUUAACCCUUGAAUUGAGUUUGUAUGGUUACCAAUGCUCCUUUUCAAUGGCAUCCUUUUACACUCAAGAGUCUAAUAUAAAUAAAAAUA